AUGGGUGUUCUCGAUCUUGUCCGCGGUCGCAACGACACGCGACUCGGCGCUCAUGCCUUUGGCGUAACGCCAAACCAGGCCGAUGAGAAAAGAGUGCAGGAUGGCCCGGCAGGAGUCCCUGCUGACAACUACAAAUCGGACACCGACACGCUGAGUUUGGAGGAGAAGAACGAGAAGGAGGUCAUUGAGAACCCCGAUCGCAUUACCAACACCGCGCAGCUCGGUGUCAAGAAGGCGGAGGCCGCGGCACUCGUCUGGCCGAAAUGGGCUGUUUACGCAACCUAUGGAUGGAUCUGGCUAUGCUUCUUCAUGCUUGCGCUGCAGUCCGCCAUUGGCAACAACGUCAUCUACUAUGCCUACUCGAACUUCAUGUCCGCGCCUCAAGUCUCGACGGCCAACAUCUUAGCAUCCAUCAUCGGCGGUGUGCUUAGGCUUCCCAUCGCCAAGAUCCUCAAUCUCUGGGGCAGAGCCGAGGGCUUCUUGCUCUUCGCGGGCGUGUACCUGCUUGGCAUCAUUGUCAUUGCUUCUUGCACAGGCCCGAAUGGCUAUGCCGCUGGUUACGUCCUCUACUGGAUCGGCUAUGAUGCCAUCUACUUCAUCAUGGAUGUCUUCAUCGCCGAUACCUCUGGUCUGCGCAACCGAGCCUUUGCAUUUGCAUUUGUGGGCACACCCUUCAUUUGCACAGCCUUCACAGGUCCUUUGGCCGCACAGUCCUUCAUCACAAGAGACCCUAAGACAGGCUGGCGAUGGGCCUACGGCGCGUUUGCGAUCAUCAUGUUCGUCGUGCUCACCCCGCUUGCCAUCGUGUUCAAGUUCUUCCAGCGCAAGGCCGAAAAGAUGGGUUUGUUUGUCAGAGAGCCCAGCGGUCGCACUAAGUGGCAGUCAUGCGUCCAUUACUUUCAUGACUUCGACAUUGUCGGCGCCUUCCUUCUGAUUGCGGCAUUCGUCGUAUUCCUUCUGCCAUUCAGCUUGCAGUCGAACGGACGAGCCGGGUAUAGCUCAGCCAGCUUCAUCGCCAUGGUCAUCAUUGGAUUCCUACUCUUCUUUGCCUUUGCGGCGUGGGAGAAGUGGGCGGCUCGUGUUCACUUCGUCAAAUGGGAACUCUUCAGGAAGCCCACCGUUCUUGGUGCCUGCCUUCUUGCUGCCCUUCUCUACUUCAGCUUCUACCAGUGGGACUUGUACUACUACUACUUCGUCCAGGUGGUGUACGACCUCAACAUCUCCGACGCAGGUUAUAUGCUACAGGUCUACAACGUUGGUUCUUGCUUCUGGGGUGUUGUCUUUGGGCUGUGGGUCCGCUGGACCAAGCAUUUCAAGUACACAUGCUUGCUCUUCGGUCUGCCUCUGAUGAUUCUCGGUGCCGGCCUCAUGAUUCAUUUCCGUGGUGGUGAGGGAAGUAUUGGGUACCUCGUCAUGUGCCAGAUCUUCAUUGCCUUCGCUGGUGGCACUCUCGUCAUCGGAGAGCAGAUGGCGGUCAUGGCUGCGGCUGAUCGUGACGGUGUACCCUUGAUGCUUGCCUUGGUCGGACUAUCAUCCAGCUUAGGAGGUGCCAUCGGUUACGCAGUAGCUGGCGCAAUCUACACCAACACUUUCCCUGAUGCCCUCCUCAGGGCGCUGCCUGAAGCGGACAAGGGCAACUUCUCCACGAUUUAUCUCGGCGGAACAACUACUCAGAUGUCAUACCCUGUCGGAAGCGCCACGCGAGAUGCCAUCAAUUAUGCGUACGGAUACAGUCAAAAGUACGAGUGCAUCGCCGCUACGGCUUGUCUCGUCCUGGGUUUCCCCUUUAUCGCAAUGUGGAAGAACUACAAUGUCGAUAAGAAGCAGAACAAGGGAACCUUGAUCUAA